AUCAAGCUUUUUACUCCGCAUCUAUCUGUGGGGUUCUUCUUGCAUUCGAGUCCACCCUUUAGAUUUCCUGAAAAUAAAAAUCCGACCUUGCACUGCAGAAAUUACAGAGCUUCCAGCCCCAGCCCCCGAGGGUCCGAAUCGGAUUCCCUUGUUCUAUCAGCAAACUUGAAAGGUUAGAGCUCAGAUUUACUGGACUGAUAGGCAUGGCUUCCAAGCGGAUCUUGAAGGAGCUCAAGGAUCUGCAGAAAGACCCUCCCACUUCUUGCAGUGCUGGUCCUGUUGCUGAGGACAUGUUUCAUUGGCAAGCAACAAUCAUGGGCCCGCCAGAGAGCCCUUACACUGGUGGAGUUUUCUUGGUCACCAUCCAUUUCCCACCUGAUUACCCAUUCAAGCCACCAAAGGUGGCAUUCAAGACAAAGGUUUUCCACCCGAACAUAAACAGCAAUGGGAGCAUAUGCCUUGACAUCUUGAAGGAGCAGUGGAGUCCUGCACUCACAAUUUCCAAGGUGCUGCUUUCAAUCUGCUCUCUCUUGACCGACCCAAAUCCGGAUGAUCCGUUGGUGCCCGAGAUAGCACAGAUGUACAAGACAGACAGGAACAAAUAUGAGACUACAGCAAGGAGCUGGACUCAGAAGUAUGCCAUGGGCUAAUAAAAGUCCUACUUUGCAAAUCCUGUUUUAAUUGUGCCCUAUUAUCAACUAUUUAUCUGUUUAAUCUGAAAAUUGCAAUGGGCUAUGGAUGUGUCCUAAGUCCUAACCCUUAAGUGGGGAGUGGAGAAAAACAUUUUCUCACUUUAUAUUGUGUUCAAUGAAUGAACUGAGGAUUUGCCCUUUAUCUCCCAUUAAUUAUCAAUAUGAAGCAGGUCGAAAUUAAAUAAAAACAUACCCAAAUG